UCACGCGCCGUCCCAGAGUGUGGUGCGACACCAGCGGAGGCCGAACCGGAACCGACGCCAAGCCGAGCCUGCCCGGGGCCCCGGGAAACACAGGUUUUGACUGUCUGAAGCACAAUGUAUAAUGGAAUCGGCUUACCUACUCCGAGGGGCAGCGGCACCAAUGGAUACGUCCAGAGGAACCUGUCAUCGGUCCGACAUAAGAAGGACCGCAUCGACUAUAAGUCAGAGGAAGAACUGAAGAAGCUGGAAAAUCUCCUGAUGAAAAAACCCAACCAGGAUAUUCUGGAUCAUGAAAGGAAGAGGAAGGUGGAGCUGAAAUGUUUGGAGCUGGAGGAGAUGAUGGAGGAACAGGGGUACAGCGAGGCGGAGAUCCAGGAGAAGGUGGCCACAUUCAGGCUCAUGCUUCAGGAGAAGGACCUGACGGCCAGCAAGGAGGAGGAAAAGCUAAAGUCGAAUGUCUCUGAAACCCACCAGCUGGCAGAAGCGAAUGAAAAGAAGAAUGAGCGCCUGCGAGCCGCGUUCGGGAUCAGCGCGGAUUAUGUGGACGGGAGCAGCUUUGACCCGAACCGUAGGGCACAGGAACAGCAGCAGCAGCAGAAAUCCUACAAUUUAGUUGCAGAUUCGGAAAGUUCACGCUCUCCAUCUCCAACCAAACACAAGAAAAAGAAGAAGAAGAAAGAGCGAGGCCGGUCUGCCAGCCCAUCCUCCAGCCAUAAAGAGAAGAAGUCCAAGUCCCGGAAGCACAGGUCUUCAUCAAAGAAGAAGAAACACCGGUCACCCAGCCCGAAAAGCAAGAGAAAAUCGAAGGACAAGAAGAGUAAGAGCUCACCAAGCAAUUCCCCGAAACGCCAACACGACUCGUCCUCGGAGGAUGGGAGCCGAUCCCCCAGCAGAUCCAGAAGCAGUCCCAAUAAAAACAAAGCUGACCAACAGAACAAGUCAAACACCAAAAGGCAGAGCCCAGAGAGACCGAGAUCCGUCACCCCCACCCGGAAUCGCAGAGGUGAGAGGGGGCGGAGCCCAGAGCCACCCCCCAGGGAGAAGGGUUCGAGGAAAGAGCCAGCUAUCAGAGACCGCUCCGCAUCUCUGUCUCCGAGAAGGCGCAAUGAUCCCCGGCCAGCCGCUGACCGAAAUAAAAUAGAAGACCGACACAGAGACAAGGUUGAGAAGAAUUUGUACCAACCACCUUCCCGAGAAACCUCCCCCGCCUCCAGUCCUGUACCCCGAAAGAGAAGCCGACGGGAGAGUCCAGUGGGGGGCGCUUCGGACGCGAAAGGAGCAGAAGGGUUGCGGAGAAAAGAUUCUCCUUCUCCUCGUCGGCGAUCUCCUACUACUCAGACUCUCUCAUCUAAAGGGUCUAGGAGAGAGAGAAGUCCAUCUCGAGAGCAAGCCUCCCCGGACCGAGCACCCAAGGAGAGUUCAUCCAAAUAUGACAAGCGCGUUGGUAAUAAGCGCUCACCACCAGCCCCAAGUAAGACUUCGAAAACAACACGUUCAUCCUCUUCCUCCUCUUCCUCAUCAUCCUCCUCGUCCUCUUCAUCAGGAAGUGAAGCAUCUGAUCAUGAGAAGAUCAAAGACAUGCGAAAGGGUCAGGCUGGUGGCAAGCAAAGUAAAAAUUACAAAGCAGAUGCUGGAGAUAAGCAUGGAAAGUCGGUAACGCAAACCGAGGACAAGAGGACGAGACUCUCUCCGGUCAGACAGGUGGACCGAGAUAGGAGGUCAAAGAAAAGUGCUUCUCCUAGUCCUCGGAGGCAGCGCAAAUUAAGAACCCCUCCUGGAAGGAGGAGUUCCACUUCGAAGAGCCCGCCAAGGAAAGGUCGAUCAGUAACGCCUCCGCGUAAAGCCAGAUCGCCUUCUCCUAGACACAGAAAAUCCAAGAGUCCGAAACGCAAAGCUCGUUCUCCCUCAAAGUCUCCCCCAAAAGCACGAGCGCCAUCUCCAACUCCGCCACCUCGUGCCAAGUCCAAAACUCCCCAGCGAAGGCAGAGAUCUACAUCACUAACACCUCCACGUCACCAUCGUGAUAAAGAGAGGUCUACCCGUGGUGAUAAAAACAAAUCCACUCAGCAGAGAGACAGAUCUGAAACUCCUAAAAAGACUGAAGGGUCUCGUACCCGUUCAUCUAAAAGAUCACCAUCUAGGUCACCAAUACGACGGACAAGUCCCGUCACGCGCUCUCCUCGAAGAAAGGCAAGGUCACCAUCCCGCUCAUCUGACAGACGGGAAAGGUCGCGCACUCGCUCACCAGUCAAGAGAGUAAGAUCACGCUCUCCGUCACUAAAGCAGAAGAACCUGUCUAAAUCUGAACAAAAACGGGCGAGGUCUCCUCCUGCAAUGUAUCGUGAUAAAGACCGGUCAGGAUCUAACUCAAGACGUCAAAGGAGAAGGUCACCUUCUGUUUCUUCUAUGGCUUCCAGGUCACGUAGCCGUAGUCCACAAUUAUAUGGAAAGAAUAAGUCUCGCUCACGAUCUCCUCCUAAGCAACAGUCCUCUAGAAUGAUGCAAAAGAGGUUGGGUUCUCCCAGAGACAAACCUCGGUCCUCCUCCAGGAGAAAAUCUUCGUCACGGUCUGUCUCUCCUGUCCAGAUAAAGGUUUCAUCAAGGAGUGGGUCCCAGAGGUCUGUAUCUAGAUCCAAAUCAAGAAGAUCACCUUCAUCUGAAAGAGGCUCAUCCAGAAAAACAGAUAAGAAGUUAGAGCCCAGAAAAAAAAGGUACAGUUCUUCCCCAGAACCAAAAGGGAUGCAUAAUAGAUCCUCUCCUGAACAAGAAAAGACGCACAAGACUGUACGUGCAGAGCCCCUAAAUAACAAGACUGCACGUGUGCCAAGUCCACCCGCCUCUCCUGUCUCGCAGACGUCACGUAGAAGCAGGUUGACAGAAGAAUCUUCACCUAUUCGUAGCAGAGAUGGAGAGAGUAGGUCUAGAACAGCAUUGACCAAGAAAUCAAAUCUUUCUCCUGAGCGUAGACCGCGGUCUAAAGAGUCGCCCAACAUUCCCCGUGCAGGGUCAUCUGCAUCUCCGCUGCAGAGUCGUUCCCUGGAGGGUAAAUACGGAUCCUCUAGAAAAACCGAGUCCAGGCCUGUUCUCGAGAACAAAGACAAAUUAAAAACUUCUGGUCAUAAAUAUAGGUCAGGAUCAUCCUCCUCUUCAGAACGUGAAUCCAGACCAAAAUCCAAAGACAGAAAAAGAUCAAAGCGUAGUUUAGAUAAAAGUAAAUCUCGUUCUUCGUCAGAAAGCAAAGAUGGAUCAUCUUCAUCGCACAGCAAAAAACGGUCCGAUUCAUCGACGGAACGCAGAUACAGAGCUAAAGCGUUGUCAAAGAGCACUGAAUUAAGAGUCCAAUCAGAACAUGACAUUAAAGGACUUGAGCCAGGGUCUAAGCGUUCAUCAGCUCUUGAACGCAAAACAAAAUCAAUAAAGAGCAGAAGUGGAUCUGACUCUUCAUCAGAACGUGAAGAAAAGUCCAAACUAUCUAAAGUUGAGCCUAAGUCUUCAAACCAAGAAACGGUCUCCAAACCUAGAGAAAGACGCGAGACGUCCCCAGGUGGUACAUCCAAAUACGUUCUGCCUGCUAACAGAUCAAAGUCCAAGUCUAGUUCAGAGUCUUCUCCAGAUAGAGGGCCUAAAAACAAAGUGGCAAAAUCCCAAACUGGCUCCGACAGACCACCAAAAAUUAGGAGGCAAUCCUCCAGAUCAAGUUCGGGAUCAUCUUCAGAAAAGGAGUUGAGACGUAGAUCUCAACGAAAAAGAACCAGUUCCAGGUCAUCAUCCGAACGACUACCAAGAAGAAGAUCAAGGGGUACGGAGAGUUCCUCUUCGGACCGCUCAGCUAAAUUUGACGUAGGUAGACGAAGGCGUAGUUCAGGCUCAUCGUCUGAAAGGCCACAAAAGGCCAAGUCACUUCAAGGUGAAGCUGUUUCUGGUCCCGCCUAUCAUCACGCUGAGAGAUCCAAUUCUUAUCCCUCUUCAGGUUCAAAAUCCGAUCUACACAGUAAUAAAGAGGUUUCUCGUUUAUCCAAACAUGAUUCAGGAUCCCCCCAGUAUAGAGGGGGGUCCAGGUCAUCAGACCGCUCAAGAAAAGCAAGUUCUAAGUCGUCUGUAACUGAGUCCAGAGAAAGAUCUCACAAACGUACCUCUAGCUCUGAUUCCUCAUCUGAACGAGACACUAAAUCCAGGUCGUCCCAGAAAAAAUCUCAUUCUGGCUCCCCUGAAACUCGUGCAUCAAGGACACCACCGUACAAAUCACGAUCCUCUGAAAAGGAAACCAAAUUUAAAUCCCCUGAAUAUCAGGCAGUGAAAUCUGUAGGGCUUGAUAAUUCACGGUCUCCAUCUUCCAGAAAGGACGGGAAGUCUUUUGAUGGCUCAGUUGGUGGCUCUUUGUCUCCAGCACAUUCAAGGGCCUCUAUUCCACAGAGACUUCCGGUACAACCAGAACCUUCUCCAGAGAAGCAGAUGGAAGAUAUGGACAUUUCUCCUAGAGAUGAGUCUUCUUCAGAUAAAAGAUCUCCUUCAAAAAGCAGCUCAUCUUCUGAUAGUGAGGAUUCUCAAGAGGUAUCAAAGAUUGUCCCUGAACCCGCAGAUAAAUCUGACAUUGAAGCAGACCAUAGUAGAAUUUCCAGCAAAGCAGGUCCAGAGCUAAGGGAGGAAUGUUCAGUUACGUCCCCGAUUUUAGAUGUAAAUGAAACAGAGUCCAAGUUGAGCAGGGAGAGGCAGAUCCAUGAACCGGUCAAGGACUCUGCGUCCUCCCCGGUUUCAGCAAGUCAUGAAAUGCCUGUUAAAGGGCCCACUUCAUCUGAGGAUGGGGUCCCACCGAUGGCUGACUCAUCCCCAGUUCGAGAGAUAGUGAAGAAAAGAUCUCACAGAAAAAAAUCCAGUUCAUCCUCGUCUUCAACGUCGUCGUCCUCAUCAUCUUCCUCAUCUUCAUCCUCCUCGUCAUCCUCCUCUUCCUCCUCCUCAUCUUCGUCUUCUGAAGAGGAUGAUGAACCAAGGUCUUCUCCUGUAAAGAAGGCAACAUCUCCUCCCUCUAAAAGACUAAGAACUAGUCGUGAUUCUUCUCCAACUACCUUUUCCCCAGUACAAAAAUCUCUUGAAAAUGUGGUUUGUGACAAACCAUUAGAGUCGGCUGCUGAGAAACCUUUAGAUGCCAAUCUCUGCAACCAAUCGAAAUCUCCACCCGCAGAAGUAAAUCUGGAUGAUAACGAUAGUCCUUACUCUCCCGUCGACUUUAUGGAGAUGUCCUCGAUGAUAAAAGAAAGCGCAUCCCCUGAAAUUCAGAUGAGCGCACCAAAUUCUGAGACUGUUCCUCAUGUCAAAUAUCCUACUUCUGUAGCAGACAGUAAAGCCACCCUAGACAUGUUUCAUGCCUCACCAGUAGCCAGUCCUGUUUCCCAACCAAGUGAAGUCAGAACGCCUGCAGACAUUGCAUGUCCAGACAAGCAUUCUCCAAAGCAGGCCAGUCCUCCUCUACCUCCUUUGGAUGGAACUGAUUUUUCAAAUGCUCAGACUGACUCGCUUUAUGGUCAGAUGGACUCCAUGACAGAGGCACACGACGAACAAAGUACUGCUAAAGUAUCCGUAAUUCCUCAACCAAAUAAAAGCCCUAAGACUCGUAGCUCCUCAAAGUCUAGUAGUUCUGAUUCAUCUUCUGAAGACAGCAGUUCUGAUUCUUCAAGUGAGGACAGCUCUUCAGAAGGGCAUUCUACACCUCAUCGAUCAAAACCCUCUGAGAAGGUCACCAAACCCGAUCCUCCACCUAUUCGGCGUAUUGCAUCGCCAGCUAAAAGGCAGCAGUCUCCAGAGUCACCAAAGCGUGAAGCAAGGAAAUGGACAGGCAAAGAGAGACGUAGCCCUUCCCAUUCCUCUUCUAGGUCACCAGUUGGCAGGGAAAUACAUCCACAGAAGAAACGAUCACCUUCACGGUCACCAUCUAGAAAAAGAAUGUCCAAGACUCCACCACCACGGCGACAAGUAAGGACACCACCUCGAGCAUUUAGAUCACGUUCGCGGUCGAGGACUGAUAGAUACUCGUUCAGAAAUCGCUCCAGAUCAUCUUCUAGGCAGUCGCCUUCGUGGUAUGAACGUAGAAGAUGGGCUCGUCGCCGGUCACCUUCAUCUCCUAGACAAGGCAACUCUGGGUCUCGAGUUUGGCGUUCCCGACGUGGUCGUUCUGGGUCAUCUCCUUGGAGAGGCCGGUCAAGAUCUUCAUCAAGACCCAAUUCAUCUCGGUAUUCCCGCCAUGGAAUUUCAAGAACUUCUCCUAGAAGAAGAUCAAGAUCGCCACACAGACGCGAGAGACCGUAUUAUCAGAGGGAAAGGUCAAGUUCCUCAACUAGACGGAGGAGACCUUGGACACCACAGAGGAGAUCCAGGUCGCCUGAAAGAAGAGCAAGGUCCCGAUCUUAUGAUAGGUAUAAGGGCGCACAAAUCGGCAGAGGGGCUAGACGCAGCCGUUCACCAUCACCACCAGGUCGAGGGAGGACCCGCUUGUCAGGGCGAGAACGCUCCAGGUCCCCGAAGACGGAUAAAUUAGGUUUACGGCAGAGAAGUCCACGGUCACCAGCAAAAAAUUCCAGUCCUGUCACUAAACCUCGUCCUGCCUCUCCAAGGCCCAGCAAUGUACAGUCUCAAACAAAAAAUUCUCGGAGGUCACCAUCUCCUCCACAGUUGGAGAAGCAUGCUGUGAGGUUGCCAAAAAGCUCAGUGCUUGGACAGCCAAUCAAAGGCCAAGCACUUUCUGCUAGCAAGGGAGAGUCUUCUGCAGCAAGCCGGAGUAGUUCUUCUACUUUUCCCCAGACAGCUCUGGAUGAAUGUAGCAUGUCUCCUCCAAGGCUUCUGAAAGCAAAUGAUGCUCUAGAUACUCCUCCAUCUUCCAGAAGUGGAGACAACCAUUCUGAAAUGGAAUCAAAAAUUGCAAACAACCAAAAAGUAGAAUCGGAAAACAUAACUUGUGCUGCAGUGGUAAGCUUGGAUGGAGAGAGAGCCACCCAUUCACCAAGUCACACUAAUGGAUCCUCAGGACAAGACAAACCAAGUCUGACGUCUCCAACACAGCAGAAGAGGCGAGAGAGAUCCUCUAAGAGUCCUUCAGCUUCGCGGACAGAGCCAGAAGCCAACUCCUCAAAGGCUGCCUCCUCGGUGAAUGCAGAAAGGGUCCCCAGCCCGCCACCAGCAGAACCCAAGAAACUGGAAGAGGUUCCUUUGCCUAAAGGAGAAUCCCGCCGAUCCCGAAGCUCCAGUUCUUCCUCAUCUUCAUCGUCCUCUUCCUCAUCUUCAAGCUCUUCAUCGGCCUCAGGGUCUUCAUCUUCAUCAUCCUCAUCUUCCUCAUCUCGUAAAUUGGCAAAUAAAUCCGGCAACAAGAAGGGACCCUCGCCUGGGAGGAGGAGGUCUCGCAGUCCACGUAAACCCAUUGACUCGCUGAGGGAUUCCCGCUCCCUGAGUUAUUCUCCUCCAGCAGAGAGACGCCGCCGCCCCCCCACUCCUCCACCCCGCAGAAGAGAGCGAGAUUCCCGAAGGAGUCGCAAUUCCCCAGAGCGCAAAAGGCGGAGAGAUUCACCGGGACCCCGCUACUCCCACAGGAGGCCCUCCAGGUCUCCUUGAUCAUCUGACGGCUUUUCAUCCCCAUCCUGGAGAAGACUUUGGGUUGCCCCUUUCCUCCUCCCCAUUGAGGGCCACUUUGCCACCCUCGUCUUACUUUUGGGAUCUUACAGACUGCUGGGACUCGCCCCCCUGUACAGACAUUGUGGUGUGUAGACAGACUCCUCUGUUCUGCACUCACUGAGAUAUUAUAUGAUGUGAAUUUGCUGCCCCUCCUUAAUGUACUAAAAUGAACUUUUAUUGGCAAGAUGUCGUCCUGCCUCGGUGUCCGCCGUAGCGCCGCCCUUCUCACUGGAGGCGCCCAGGCGUGGUGCCAGAGCCCGCCUCUUUACCUUCUUUCGUCCUGCAUAGAGGCAAUUUCGUAAGAAGUGAAAUGAAUCGGUGAAACUUAUUUCGUGUUUAUUUUUGUUCUUCUUUUUUUUUUUGUUUUGUAAUCUGUACAGCAAGAAUCCUUUCUGUCAAUAAAAGAUUGGGCUAAGCCAG